AUGCACGGGCAGAUCCUGCACCACUUCUCGGCCAUCAACUCCAAGAAGAAGAAGAUCUUCGACAGCGACUUCGGGGGGAAAACCUGCAAGUAUGACGGCGCUAAGGGUGUGCUUUUCUGCACGGCCACUGGCUUCUACUUUUCCGGCAAGAGUCUCUUCAAGAAGAGCAAGAUUGCGAUCCGCUACAGCCAAGUGUCGCAAAUCGAAAAGCGCACCGUCGGCUUGAUCAACUCGAUCACCGUCAUCCUGGCCGACACCUCAGAUCGA